AUGGACCUCGAAGCUUCGAAUAGGGACAAGAUAAUUGUGAUCGGAUGUCUGGAAGACGAUAUCCAUGGUACUACUGUUAAAUACGCGCUUGUUUCGAAUCAUGAAGUUCAUGUCGUGUCCAGAAUCCCCCUUUUCAAGUCCUACAUCAAAAGCGUACUAGCGUCAUUUGCAAAGGAGAAAACGACCCUAGUUCUUGUAUACGAGGAGAUGAAGAUGCUACUAGAGUUUCUCCUCAUAUUGCAGAGCAUCGAGAGUAAUGGGGAAGAGAAAAACAUUUGGAACCUGCCUGGAUUCAAGAUUAUUGUUUUAAGAAAUUGUGAUACCACAAGCAAAGUCAACCCACUUGCCGAAUCUGAAGUGGCAUUACAGCAAAUUCUCCGCUUUAUUUCAAUGAAAUUAGGUGCUACUUAUGCUGUGGUGUCUACUGCUAAAUCUUUUGCUGAUCCUACGGGAGCGGUGGAAUUGGUAGCUAAUGUUGCCAACCAGGAAAAGGACGCGAAGCUUCAAGUUUACAAUACCCACGGCAUAGAGCUAUGCAAUGAGGUGAUGCUUCAUCAGCUUGUCCCGAAAGACUGGGAUAGUUGGAGCAAGAUUGGCCUCUUGUCUAGAUCCAUCCCCCGUGACUCUAAUGGUACCAUGCUUGAGUCAGAAAGUGAAUUCAUGUCUCUAGAUGAUUUGUUUCACUCAAGCUUUCAGUCGCAGGAAUCUACAGAGAGCCUCCUUCAGUUUUUUUCCCAGCAUGGCUUACCCCGAAAAAUCACUACUAGGAACGAUCACCACGAGAAUCUUCUUACAUAUGCUGACAUGAUACAGCAACUUAAAGCAUUGGAGUAA